AUGGAGAAACUUGUGAUUGAGAUUCCUUUGGUUGAUGCUGUGAAGAUUAAUCCUUUUCUUAGGCGUUAUGUGAAGAGGAUGGUGACUAAUAAUCUGACUCAUGAGGAAGGAGUGAUGAUGAUUUCUGAACAGUUCAAGAGGUUCAAGAGAUCGCUGUGUGAUCUUGGUUCGAGUGUCAACCUCAUGCCAUACUCUUUAGCUGUUAACCUUGGGAUGACUGACUUCAAGCCAACUAAGAUCUCUCUAAUCCUAGCAGAUCGAUCUAAAAGAAUCCCAAAAGGUGUCUUGGAGGAUGUUCCAAUUAAAGUUGGUGAUUGCAUAAUUCCUACAGAUUUCGUGGUUCUGGAAUAUGGAGAGGAACCCAAAGAUCCUCUUAUCCUGGGAAGAUCAUUUUUAGCUACAGCUGGAGCGGUGAUUGAUGUCAAGCAUGGUAACCUUGAUCUCCACCUGGGAGAUACAAUCAUGAGCUUCAAGAUGGAGAAGCUGAAGGAUCCAACCAUAGAUGGUCAGACAUUCCAAGUCAGUGUAAUACCUGAAGUGAUAGUUGGGAAUCAGAACGUGUUUGAUGCUGAGAAGGUGAGAGAUCAACCUGAGUUGAUAAAAGCGUCUACAGAACCAGUGACUGCUGUUGAUCAGGAAGCUCAAAACAUUUCACUCCAUUCAUCUCCACCAAAGCAAAGGUACGCACCUCUUGAGCCUAAUCCUAAUUCUUGUGAUACCAUCAAAACUGAUUUGAAAAAUGCAGACUCUGUCUCACGACGCAAGCUACGAGAUUAUCGUAGAGCACUUGGUUUUUCGAUUGACGAUAUUGCAGGAAAUAGGUUAAAGCGGUCCAAACACAGAUCUCACCAUAGUGCUAUUCCUGCAUUCCUUGGACGACCUCAUGCGCACAACGCUUACACACCACCAUGGAUGAGAUGA